AUUGUCAAGCUGCCGCCGCCAGAAUUUGAAAAGUCGCCCCAUGGUUCGUGCCUAUACUCUGACUCUCACUGUCCUCUCGCGAGCCUUUUUACUUGGGCUUAUUUCGGCUUCCCACUGCCCUAUCGCAUACAAGUACUUUUAUCAAGGCCCUAUCUAACUAUCCUCUUGUUUAUUUAUUGCAUGGAUUUUAAACAGCCCCAAGAAGCCCAAAAAGGAACCUAGAAGACACAGGAGACGGAGAUUUAGAAGAGCACUCUACAAAGCGCCUUGGCCCCUCGGAACCC